UACGUCCAAUAUUUUUAGUAGAUUUUAAAUAAUAAUAAUAUUACUUAUUUAUUAUGUGGUAUGAUUUAAAUUAAAAAGUAUUUAUUGAUGGCUCGGAUUGUACUUACUGUGCUACAACUCUGUGAAGUUUCGUUGGAAUAGUGCGAAUUCUUGUAAGUGAGCCAGUGAUAUAUUUAUUUUCUAGUGCUGUUCUAACACUAACAUAGUGACUUUAAAUUGGCGCGAAAAGAUCGACAUGUCCGAUACUCUCCAAGACGAAGGAGGGACGCCGUCUCGAAGUAAUUCGCUUAAGAUAUCAUUACCGACAGUCCUUUGCACGGAUGGUGAUGCCCCUGAUAACCCUACCGUACCUGACACAAACUCCUUUGUGACUUCGGAAUCGAAGCUAUCACUGCCAUCUAAUUUCGGAACACCAACUUCGCCGUUCCGAAUAUCCUCACCAAUAUCAUUGCCUACGUCACCUAAGCCAUUCGGAAAGGGCCUACAGACACGCUCCAAUAAGUCCCUAGAUGAACCUCAAUCAUCUGAAAACCAAACGAGCACCAUGAAUAAACCCCUACUCGACACUGGCUCAGCUACAGGCAAUCCACGCAACAAAUGUGCGCUUCAACCUGGGCACAGUCUCAUGGACUGGAUUCGCCUGGGAAACUCUGGGAAAGACCUCACCGGCAUCGGUGGCCGCAUCCGACCUGUAUCACCCGCCGAACUAUCUACGCACAACACACAAAAGGACGCCUGGUUAGCAAUUCGAGGAAGAGUUUAUAACAUCACUCAUUAUUUACCUUAUCACCCCGGAGGACCAGAAGAAUUAAUGCGUGGCGCCGGCAUCGAUGCAACGGAUUUAUUCGAUAAAAUACACCCUUGGGUUAAUUAUGAUUCGCUUCUAGCAAAAUGUUUAGUAGGACCACUUCGGUUCGACAGGCCAGACGCUGAGGAUCUUUUUGAUAUAACAAAUCCAUCCCCUAAAUCAGACCGCCUACGAGAACCGUCUAAAGCACACGAACUAGUAAGGAAAUCUAUGGAAAAUCUAGCAAAUUGUAUAACGCCGGUCAGAAAGAAAAUUACUGCUAAGAGCGAAGAAAAUGUCAAAGGAAUCCCUCCGAGUAAAAUAAUGCAGAGUUUGAUACAGUCGAGCGAUUUGCCUGUUUCGAUAAGCCGGCGCGCGGGGUCGAGUCUUGUACAAUCUACAGACAAGUUAAAAGACUCACCGUCUCAGCUACGUUUCGAUUGGAUUCAGACUUCAACAAAGCUAACUAUAUCAAUAUACACAGGGCCUUUAGUAAAUCCGGGCGGGUCUGCGAGGAUAAUGAACGGUGUCCUCUUCAUAGAAGUGGCUACAAACGGGUGGCUUAGGACGGUUAAGUUGGUACCUGAAGAGGCAUUAAAAGAACCUUUGCAGCUUAGAGUCUUUUCCGAAAGUGGGAAAAUAGAGGUUAUUGCAUUAAAAGCGUUGAGUAAAGUUUGGAAGAACAUCGGCGAGACGACACAUGGACCAGCAGUGCCUAUAUCAUCACCUCGAACGUUGGAGUGCCGAGUGAUGCAUGUUGAGCCGGUCUCGCAUGACACGACACUGCUCGCUCUGUGCCCGGAAACUGGACCAGUUAUUGUACCUUUGGGCCAUCAUGUGCGAGUGCAUCAAAAAGUUAACGAUAAGGAAUGUGUCCGCUCCUACACACCGGUUGGCGACAGUUGGGAUCACUUUGGGAGCGAUUUGAGCGCACUGAAAUUGACGGUGAAGAGGUACGACCCAGGCGCUCUGUCGCCACGUCUCACUGAUAUGAGAGCUGGUGACACAGUCACGCUUUCAGGACCCUACGGCAGUUUUCAGUUACAAAAGUUAAAACAAGUUAAAAUAUUAUAUUUAAUAGCGGCAGGAACCGGGAUCACACCUAUGUUAGGAUUAUUAAAAUUCAUGCUCACUCGAUCGAAUCCCAGAUGCGAGCGUGUGCAUUUACUAUUCUUUAACAAGACGCAGGAGGAUGUUCUUUUUAAAGAGAACUUGGAUGAAAUAGCGAAGCAAGACGAGAGGUUAAAUACAAUCCACAUAUUAUCAAACCCAAAGCCAACCUGGACAGGAUUCGAGGGCCGAAUAAAAAGUGAAAUUCUGUCUAAAAUAAUUAUCAAAGAAACUGUUGGGGCGGGAGAAAAGCAACAUUUCGCAUGUGUGUGUGGGCCAACGGAGUUUACGCACACGGCCAUAGAUUUAUUGAAAACACUUGGUGUUAAGGAGGACGAUAUGCACGCUUUCAUUGGGUAGAUUAAAUUAGUUAUAAAUUUAUUUCAUUUAUUAGGUGAAUUAUUUUUAUUUUAAAUAUACACAAACAUUUUCCAAAAGUGUUCGAACUCAUCGCAUUGAUCAGCUAAUACUUAGAUAGAACAUCAAAGAGUCUUAAACUUUUAGACAAGUCAAGGACAGUUUUUUUUUUAUAAUUAGGCGCAUAUUUCGAAUUUAUUAAAAUAUUGUGUCACAAUACUUACGCAUUAUGGCUGGUUUUGAUGCAAUGGUUUUAGUUUCGAGCGUUGUAUAUCGCUUUAAUAGUUAGACAAAAUCUCUCGUAUCGAUUUCUUGCUUUUUAAUCAGAAACUUGAAAAUCGAAAGCAGAAAACAAAGUAUUGUGUAACUGUACAACCGCUAUACGUACAUUGUUUAUUCGGAAAAAGUAUUAGCGGAAUCAAUCAAUAGCUACUGUUUUGUAUAAACGAGUGUGAAUUCGU